GUUUGCCUAACACGUUAUCACCGAAGGAGGGCAACAGUUCGCUGAACUGCUCACUGCAGGCAACCCAGUAAGCAUGAAGAAGGAAGAGGAGGGAGCUGAAAUUGACUGAGGGAGGAUAACUCAAACGGAAAAACACUGACUUUGCUGACAGGAUUUGUCUUUACCUGACCUUUCACCGCUGGCAAUGAUGUGCUUUGGGAAAGCCCUAUCCACUCAAUAACCAGAAGCAUCGAGGGCACAAAACUAAAAACAGACGCUUGUCACAUUUCUGGCAAUGGGAAGUCUGACAACAGCAGCUAUGUUGAGCAGAGCAGUUUCGAGCCGAGGCAUCACUGCUCACCAACUCAGUAAGAAUGUCACUUUUUAUGUGAAUGAAUUAGCAUCUCCAGUCUCCGGAUGUCGGAACAAAAUCUCUGAAGACCAUAAACCUCUUAUGCUCAUGCUGCCAUGGAUGGGCUCACGUCCUCAGGCUAUGGCCAAAUAUUGUGAAAUCUACUUCCGUACCGGCUUUGAUGUGCUUGUUGUGGAAAGUGAGGUGCAUGAGUUCCUGUGGCCUCGCUGGGGUCUGGAUCAUGGGAAGAGGUUGCUGGAGUUGCUCGAGAGUGAACGCUUUAUGUCCCGCCCACUGGUUGUCCAUGCCUUCUCUAUCGGUGGCUACACAUUUGCUCAGCUGCUGAUACAUGUCUCCCAGGACAUCCAGAAAUAUCAGGCACUUACACAGAGGAUAAAAGGCCAAGUCUACGAUAGUCUGGUGGUGGGCUCUGUGGAGAGGAUGGCCAUAGGUCUUGGGAAGACUUUAUUUCCACGUUUGGAGACACUGGUAACAAAAGCAAGCAUGCUAUACUUUAGCAUGUUCAAACACCAGACAGUGGACUACUUUAACAGAAGCAUUGAUACGUUUUGGGAAACCCCCAUCACCGCUCCUGCACUGUUCUUCUUUUGCGAGGACGAUCCAUUGAGCGACCCACGAGCCAUGGAGGAGAUAAUUGAUCGAUGGAGAAAGCGUGGGAUAGACACCACAGCAAAGAAGUGGGAGGGAUCAACACAUGCCGGUCACCUGAAGAGGCACCAACUGGAAUAUCUGACCACCAUAGACAUGUACCUACAUUCACUUGGCUUUACCCAGCUAAAGGCCAAGAUGUAACAUCAUUUGCAUCUUGGCCACACAUUGUCAUUUUAGCUCGACUUUGCUUGUUUACUAUGUUGAACUUAAAAUAUGUGUACCAAACCAAAUUAAUAUUACAAUUGCCGACAUCAGAAUGGCCUUGUGAAGAAAAUUGACACAUAUAUUAAGAAGCUUUGACUAGAGUCCCCAGAUCCCAAUUUCUAAAGAAAAUGUGUUAAAUGAUGUUGUUCAUUUGCUUUUUCCAAUUCAAAGCUCUUUUUAGAGCGAACAUCAUUAUAACCAAGGUCAGUGGAACAGUGUUAAAAGAAAAACAAACAUGAAAUGUUAUUUACGUAGGCAAAAAUUCUACUUCAGCAGUCAACUUCACUUUACUUGACCUUUACUUUAUAUUUAAAGGCACCCUGCUUGGUAUCCUGAAGUGAUAAUUCUUUGACUUGAACAGUGCAGUAAAAAACAUUCAUGAAGGAUUGCACAUGUCGGGGGAAACUCUGUUACACCUCCUUUACCCUUUACCCUAUUUCUCUGUCAAAGGGAAGUGCUCUAAAGUAAAUACUUGGUUGAAGUGCUUUAAUCUCAGGUAGUCAACUACCUAAUUAUUGCUUUGAGUAGGUUGCCUUUUAAAGUUUCUCACACUGGUUCUGGGACAGUGAACAAAGGGAAUUGAAACCGGUCAUGCCACUUUGAGAAACCAGGCAGUCAAGGGACUGAUCCCACUGUGACACAUCUAGAAUAAUGACUAACCCAUAAUGAGCUGCAGCGGGAAACCUGUAUAAAUGGCGGCGCUAGAAAAAUGACCAAAGCAGUAAGUAAUGAGUUAGACUUAUUUAAUGUUUGACAAAUAAAGUAAAUGCGUAUCAAAGAUUUUAAACAUGGAAGGAACAUUUUAAAAGAUUUUUUGAAAAAUAAAAUUCAUGUUAAUUCAUGUAUAUCAUAUGUUGUUUUACUUUGUGCAUAUCUUGUUCAAUGAGCAGAUAUAGCUCCCUUGUAACCUUUUUACUUGAUGAACAAUGGUGCUAUAUGUGUAGAUGUCAGAUAGCUCCAUAAUACAUCCGGGAUUACGACUUACCCAUAAUGAGCAUCUGUUGCAAACCGUUGUGUCUCAAAACUUGAACAUUUUAUAUAUUUCUUGUGUGUGCAAUAAAAUUACUUAAAGAAA